AUAGUCUACGCCCUAAGUUUGCUUUUCUCAUUUAUUUCUUCGUUGUUUUUCUUCUUCUGCUCCUUGGUCGCUGUUGUUCGACUUCGCUACUUCGCCACUUCGCCGACGUUCCCUUCCUGUUGGAUCGGAAGUGACGACAUUUUGAUCGGAAGCAAUGACGGGAGCUCGCUCACUGUGAAGCUCAAAUCCGCCCAAACCCGGCCUAAAUCCUGCAUCCAAACAGCCCCUAACCCAGCCCUGACAAUCGCCCGUCAUCAACCCCGCUGCCUUCGCCGCAUCGUUGCUCGGCCAACCUGCGAGAAUAACUUGCUGUUUUUGGUACAACUUGGAAGCGUCGAAGCUAGAGUCGCGAAGGGGAAGAUGGUUCGUGCUUACCGAAUUAAGGUUCCGAAUCCCAUGAAGCGGAAGAGAUCGGAGGAGGAGAUUGGAUCCGAAACUGCAGAUAACAUAGAUCAUGGCAUAGAUGACGAGGGAAAAACUGAGGAUGUGAUCGGAGACAUGCCGGGGAUCCCUGUCAUGUCCCUAGUGGAUGGGUCGAAGAAGCCUAGUAUGAUAUUCAUCCUCGAUAAGGCCCCGCUUGAGAUCGGAAAAGUUGGUAACAAACAUGUGCUUCUGAACUCUGAUGAGCAUGCAAAUUUUCUAAAAAAGCAGAGCAAAGAUCCUUCUGAAUAUAGGCCUGACAUUGUUCAUCAGGCACUUCUUGCCAUAUUGGAUAGCCCCUUAACUAAGGCUGGUAGACUGCAAGCUCUAUAUGUACGUUCGACACGGCAUGCACUCAUUGAAGUCAAACCACAUGUUCGUAUUCCAAGAACUUUCAGGCGAUUCUGCGGUCUUAUGGUGCAGUUGUUAGAAAAGCAAAAAAUUACUGCUGUAGGCAAUCGUGAGAAGCUUCUCACUUUGAUUAAGAAUCCUGUAACAGAUCACUUACCUGUUAACUCAAGAAAAAUAGGCCUAUCAUAUAGUUCUGAUAAAUUAGUUCAAGUGCGUGACUAUGUUGCUGCUGCUAGUGACAAUGUCAAUCUUGUUUUUGUGGUGGGUGCUAUGGCUCAUGGAAUCAUUGAUAAAGGAUUUAUAGAUGACUUCAUAUCAGUUUCAAAUUACCCACUCAGUGCAGCUUGCUGCAUAAGCCGGAUAUGCAAUGCGCUGGAGCAGAAAUGGAACAUAUUAUAAGUCAACUUCUUCAUCUCGGUGUGAUCUUUUUCAGACGCUGGGACUAAGGCUUCGUUUGGGGACGGCUUUUUUCCUACUUCUUAAAACUGCUUUCUAGUAUAAAAAUUAAAAAUUUUUUCCUAAAAAACUGCUUUAAGAAGCAGUAAGAAAGCCGUCCCAAAGGAAGCUUAAUUCUGAGUCAGGUCAUGUAAUUAUUGGAAGCAUGUAUUUAUUAAAAGUAAUUGAUUAGUUUAUUGGUAAUUUAUGGUUAGAAAAUUUGAAUGCAAGUUUGAGCUUUGCAUAAAUUUUGGAUCUGCGAUUUGCUCAAUUACCUCAUUUUGAUGAUGAUUGUGUUGGUGUUUGUGCCAAUUAGUUAUGUUAAUUGUGUACUCAUUUGGAGAUUUUUUAAUAAUAAAAGUAGCUUGCUGUCUUGAUGGUGGAA